AACUCGUCUCCAACUUGCGCGAAACUCACGAGCAGCAGCGUUCACUGCCAAUUCAGCAAAAAUAUAUUUUCAAUUCCAAACGCGAGCGCGACGGGUAAAACUUCGACCAGACAGUCGCCGUCGACUCUAAACUGCUGAGUGCUUGUGCUGUUGUUGUUGUCGAGUCGCGGUACAUAUUAAAAAAUUGUUUGCGUGGAUUACGAAUUUAAGUCAAUUAAACUACGUUUGUGUCUGGUUUAAAAUGUUCCAAUUGGAAUUAUAGAUGUGUCAAUAAGUGUAUAUGUUUACGAGGCGUGGCAACCUCUUUGUGUGCUAACAUAUAACCCAAUUGGAGAAUUCAACACACACACACUUACACAUAGUCAUACCUGAACUAGAACAAGAGCAAUUCAAAGGAAACGGUGCAAUGGAUGAUUUAGAUGCACUCCUUGCUGAUUUGCAGAAUAGCGUGCCGGGGCAGCCACAACAACCACAGCCGCAAUAUGGAACGGUGCAACCCAAGCCGCAACAGCAACAGUUGCAACAGCAGCAGCAGCAGCAGCAGCAACAACAGUUUGUGGACAACACGCCGGGUUAUGGCAGUCUGAGGGGAAAGGCGCAGCCGCAAGUGUAUCAGGAGCAUUACAGCGUGGAGACGCGCUCUCCAACGGCAGCUGACCUUAAUGGUAUUAGCCAUCAGAGCAAUGGUUAUCAGAAUCAAGGUAACGGCUCACUGCCACGUUCCGGCUAUAAUAAUGGCCAGAACAGCUCGGGAUUGUCGGAGCUGGACUCACUGUUGCAGGAUUUGCAGAAUGCGCGUUAUCACAACGGCAGCACGGAGCGAAAAGAAGUCGAUGUGCCUGUUAAUUACAGCACACCCGUCUCCAAGUACAACACCUACAACAGCUAUGCGACGGUGGAGGAGCGACCUACAGUCGAUAGUCUUCUAAAUGAGCUGGACAAUGCGCACAUUUAUGCAGUGCCAAAUGGAUCCGCUCACAAAUCGCCGACGCCGGGACGUCAUGUGACCAUCACCGUACGCGAAACGAAAACCGAGAAGCUCUCAGGACCCGAUGGACCAGUUGGUUCCGUUGAGGAGCAGAUUGUGCAACAAAAGGAGUCGUAUACACCUAAUCUUGCAGCAGCGCCUCAGCAUCAGACUCAGACUUACACGUCACAGGCCACCAAGGAAUUGGAUGAUUUAAUGGCAUCGUUGUCGGAAUUUAAGGUCAACAGCAACGGUUUUGAUAGUGGAGCACAACAACAGUUGCAAGCACAACCACAGCAACAUCAUCAUCAGCAACAACAUCAUCAGCAAACGGUGACGGACUACGCACAACCAACAAGGGGAACACAACAGGCACAUUUGACGCAAACCAUCGAAGAGACGACAAUCGUCGAGGAUAGUCGCGAGGAUCAGUUGGAUUCUAUGCUCGGCAAUUUACAGGCAAACAUGAGUCGCCAGGGUGUCAACACAGUCCAGAAGGGAUGCUGCAAUGCAUGCGAGAAGCCAAUUGUGGGCCAAGUUAUUACUGCCUUGGGCAAGACCUGGCAUCCCGAGCAUUUCACAUGCAAUCAUUGUAGCCAGGAGCUCGGUACACGUAAUUUCUUUGAACGCGAUGGUUUCCCGUAUUGCGAACCCGAUUAUCACAAUCUAUUUAGUCCACGUUGCGCCUAUUGCAAUGGCGCCAUUUUGGAUAAAUGUGUGACGGCCCUGGAUAAGACCUGGCAUACGGAGCAUUUCUUUUGCGCCCAGUGUGGCCAGCAAUUUGGCGAGGAUGGCUUCCAUGAGCGUGAUGGCAAACCCUAUUGCCGCAACGAUUACUUCGAGAUGUUUGCACCCAAAUGCAAUGGCUGCAAUCGCGCCAUUAUGGAGAAUUAUAUCUCCGCUUUGAAUUCGCAGUGGCAUCCCGAUUGCUUUGUCUGCAGGGACUGCCGACAACCGUUCCAGGGCGGUUCGUUCUUUGAUCACGAGGGUCUGCCCUAUUGCGAGACGCAUUAUCAUGCCAAGCGUGGAUCGCUCUGUGCCGGCUGCUCGAAGCCGAUUACAGGACGCUGUAUUACGGCGAUGUUUAAGAAAUUUCAUCCGGAACACUUUGUUUGCGCUUUCUGUUUGAAGCAGCUGAACAAAGGCACCUUUAAGGAGCAAAAGGACAAGCCCUAUUGCCACGCCUGUUUUGAUAAGAUAUUCGGUUGAAUACUUUUGGGCACGAUUUGUACCAGCCAUGUGCUCCAAACUAUAGUUAUGAUAUAAUGCUGUUUUGUACGAAUUAUGUCUCUUUUUUUAUCAGUAAUAUUAACAAUACAUUUGUGCUUUGUAUAACCGAGUCAAAUUAGUAAUAUAAUUAACACAGACACACAAUAUAUGAAUGAUAAUAAUUAUAAUCAAUUUGAAGACACUAAUACCCAAUCGAUAUGAUGGUCAAACGAUAUUUCUGCCCUUUCAAAAUAAAAACAUUACAAUGAUAAAUACA